CAUAUUUUCAUUUCUUCACGCAAACCAAAAUCAGAAUCAUCAAUUGCAUUUAUGGUACAAGUCAUUAAUAAGUGCCAAUCACUACUUUCUCAACCCAAUAUUAAAGGCGAAACUCCAUUGCACAUGGCGUCAAGGUUAGGGCAUGAAGAUAUAGUGGAAUUUCUUAUAGAUCGGGCAAAAACAAUACGGGAUGAACAAAACGACAUCGAAAUUGGAGCGGAAGCAGCGAGGCAAAUGGUGAGAAUGAUAAGCGUAGAAAAGGAUACGGCGUUACAUGAGGCGGUGAGAAAUAAUCAUAUCGGAGUGGUGCGAAUUUUGACAAGAGAAGAUCCUGAGUUUGAGUACUUAGCUAACGAUGUAGGAGAAACUCCACUUUACCUUGCUGCAGAGAGAGGGUAUGAUGAUAUUGUUACUCAUAUUUUACAAACUUGCACUUCUCCAACUUAUGAUGGUCCUUUCGGCAGAACUGCUCUGCACCUUGCCGUAAUCAACAAAAAUUUACCAAUGACAAGAAAAAUAUUGGAAAGAAACCAAAAUUUAACAAGAGAAGUAGACGAACAAGGCUGGACUCCUCUGCACCAUGCUUCACACUCAGGUAACCUGCCAAUAGUGCAGCUGCUACUACAGUUUGAUAAAUCUACUGCUUAUAUUCGAGAUAAAGAUGGAAAGAAGACGCCCCUUCAUAUUGCAGCUUUAUGGGGUAAAACCCAUAAAUCGAUUGCGCAAACUAUUAUUUCUCAUUGUCCUGAUUGUUGUGAAAUUGUUGACGAGAGAGGCAGAAAUGCUCUGCAUUUUGCUGUGGAGAGCCGUAGCGAAUCAGGAAUAUGUUUUCUCCUUCAAAUUCCUUUAAUUUGCAAUCUUAUAAAUCAAAAAGACAAUGAUGGUAAUACGCCAAUUCAUUUGCUCGCGUCUAUGGGCUUUUAUUGUGAUCCACUCUUGAGCCACCCUCUUGCUGAUAAAAUAGCAGUUAAUAAGCAAAACUUGACAGCUGUGGAUAUUAUUCUAGAUUCAUCUGAGGGCAAUCUCUCAGCCGGCAGUUCCCAGUCAAUUGUAGAAAGUAAAUUGAAGAGAGCUGGUUGCAAAAGGAGUCUUCGAAAUAAAAUAAAGAUAGAACGAAAUCGAGUUUUCGUAGUAAGAGGUGUAAGCUUCGAUGAAUUCACGAAAGCAAAAGAUGCCCAGUUAAUAGCAGCAACGCUCAUAGCAACAGUGAGUUUUACAGCAGGUUUCACUAUGCCUGGUGGUUACAAUAGUGAUAAAGGCACUGACCAAGGGAUUGCGAUACUGACAAGAAAAACACAUUUUGAAGUGUUUCUUGUAUCUGAUACCUUAGCGCUCGUGUUUUCCACUACUGCGGUGCUUAACCACUUUUUAUUUGCAAUGCAAGGAAAUAAGGAGUCAUCUUUUUUCUUACUUGUAUGGGCUUCUAGACUUACCCUUGUUGCAAUGGGGCUGAUGGUGCUGGCAUUCAGAACUGGUAUAUGUGCAGCCUUGCCAAAUAACUCGGGUCUUCGAACUGCGAUUGCUGUCAUCACUGAGUUCUGUCUUAUUUACUUUGUAUUCAUGAUAUGGACUGCGAUGCCCCUCUUUCAAAAAAGAGAAGCCAAAUCUGAAUUGCAGGAGCAUGCUUGAAUGUGUUUAAAAUUGAAGCAUAACUGAAAGGAAUAGAUGUUAAGCUGGAUUGAUAAUAGUAAUGUGUUUAGUUGUGUUUGCUUUCAGGUCUUCCAAAGAUGAUUUACUUGAAUUUGAUUUAGUUGUAUGUGAUCGUAAGCCAUUUUAGGCCAUACAUCUAAUAUUAGUUGACCCCAGAGACAAGCUAAUACAAGAGUUCAUCCCUUAGCUAAA